AUGACUGCAUCAAACGGGAGUUCUACAGUGUCUGCAAUAUCAAUGAAGACUCUGAAUUUGGCUAACAUCCCAAUUCUUACUGGUGGGGGAAAUUACAAGAAGUGGAGAAGGGAAAUCAGUUUGCUGUUGACUCUAAACGAGUUUGAUAUAGCAAUCGAGAAUCCCAAACCCGUGGUCAAUGAUCAGAGCACAAGGGCUGAAAAGGCAGAUUUUGAGAGAUGGACAAGGGCUAAUAAGGUAGCAUUGUCCAUCCUUGAGAGUGGCAUGACUGAUACAAUCAGAGGAGGAAUUAAGAAGCACGAUUUGGCUGCUGAUUACCUAAAAGCUAUUGAAAAGAAAUUUCAAGAAUAUGAAAAAGCUGAAGUGAGUCAGUAUAUGUCUUUAUUAACUACUUACAAGAUGGAGGGUACAAGCUCUAUAAGGGAUCACAUAAUGAAGAUGACAGAUGCUGCAGAAAGACUCAAUGCAAUGGACAUAAACAUAGGUGAAAAGCAGUUAGUAUUCAUGAUUCUUCAAGCACUUCCCAGUAAAUAUAGUCAGUUGAAGAUCUCCUACAAUACUCAAGACAAAAACUGGGAUAUUGAUCAGUUGAUUGCACAGUGUGUGCAAGAAGAAACUCGUCAAAACAAGAAAGAGGCAAAGAAGUUGAGGACAUCAACUUUGUGCAAACUAUAA